UUAGUUCCCUCUCUUAUAAACAAAAAACCAGAAUUUAACAAAAAAAAUAUAUUUUUUCUUUGAAAGAAAUAGAGAGAGAGAUCAUAAUCAAUUAAGAUAUGGGAAGGAGUCCAUGUUGUGACAAAGCAAGUGUGAAGAAAGGACCUUGGUCACCUGAAGAAGAUGCAAAGCUCAAACAACAUAUUCACAACCAUGGAACUGGUGGCAAUUGGAUUUCCCUUCCUCUAAGAGCUGGACUUAAGCGAUGUGGGAAAAGCUGCAGAUUGAGAUGGCUUAAUUAUCUAAGACCAGACAUUAAACAUGGCGAUUUCACUGAGGAUGAAGAUCGAAUUAUUUGCUCUCUCUUCGCCACCAUAGGAAGCAGGUGGUCAAUCAUUGCGGCUCAAUUGCCUGGUCGAACCGACAACGAUAUAAAAAACUAUUGGAACACAAAACUAAAGAAGAAGCUAAUGACAGAUUUAAAUUCAUCUAAUUUCAACCAAGUUUCUCCGCCACCGCAUACGGCGGCGAAUCCAUCUCCGAGCUGCAACAAUAAAAACAUGCAAUUGGUGCAACCAAAUUAUUAUAAUUAUUAUUAUGAUCAUAUACAAGAAAAUAUUCUUUCAUUUGGAGGGGAUCAGGCGGCCAGUUGCAGCUCUUCCGACGGAAGUUCCGGCGGCAACCACCUCGGCUACGGCGGAGGAGAAAUGGAAUUUGACCAAAAUGGAAAAUUUUAUGGUGCAAUGAAAAAGGAGGUGGGGAAAGAAGAAAAUCCAAUAUUAGAGUACAAUUUAGAAGAAAUCAAUAGGCUGAUUAGUAAUAAUAAUAAAUUUUCAUUUAAUGAAAAUUACAAGAGUGGAGAGACAUUCAUGUAUUAUUGUUGA